AUGUCGAUUCAGCAGCGCCUUUUGGUUGUGGGUGGCAACGGAUUUGUAGGCUCCGCCGUAUGCAAGCAGGCCCUCUCUCGUGGAUGGGAAGUGAUCAGCAUUAGUGGCAGUGGUCGUCCGUUUCGCACACCCCGUGGUCAUGCACCGACCUGGACGACCUCCGACAAAAUGCAGUGGCAUAAAGCUGAUGCCUUCGACAAAGAUGCGUAUCGUGAAUUGGCCGCAUCUUGCACAGCCGCUGUGCACACAGUGGGUAUUCUAAUGGAAUCAAACUACAAGGGUCAAGAAGGUUCUUCUAUGGGUGCAAUAAGGGGUCUACUGAAGGGCUGGGGUCUUGCAUCUUCCAACCCCUUGGCCUCUAAUGGUCAGAAAGAUAUCACAUAUGAGCGCAUGAAUCGAGAUGCAGCUAUCUCUGUGGCCGAAACUUUCAAGGAAGCGCAUGCAUCCACAGAGAGCGACAAUCCCCUUCCAUUUGUUGUCAUGUCAGCUGCGGAUAUCAUGCGCCCUCUUAUUUCGGCACGCUACACCAGCACCAAAUAUGAAGCAGAGCAAUAUAUUGAGGAACAUGCCGGCCACAUAUUACGCCCCGUGUUCAUGCGACCGGGUCUCAUGUACCAUCCCCACAAUCGCCCUUGGUCGACCAUUCCAGCCACUAUGAUCGACCUAUCGUACAACCUGCACAAGAUGCAUCGACGCUGGAAGGUACCCAUUCCCUCUCCUGCGGAUGUUCUUCGCAGUUCUCUUAUCCCUGCAGCGUUCCACCCUCUCUCUGGUGCGCUGACUACGCCUGCUUUGCACGUUGAUACUGUUGCCAUGGCUAUAUGCGAAGCUAUCAGUCGCCCUGAAGUUCGUGGCGCUCAGCUGUCCGAAUCCAUCCGUCAACUCGCUGGAUGGCCAGCUGAGACCGAUGCCGCGUAA